GGUUGCUUAUCUUAAUUAUAUUGCAUUAAUGGUGUUCUUGAGAUAUACUUAUGCUCUAGUUUAUGUCGUAAGUGAUUUAUUUAUUCAAUAUUUUUGUAAGUGCCGUUUAAACAGGAUGAUAUUUUGUGAGCUAAGCUAACUGUUAGCUAGCACCAUUUGUUUACAUUAGUACUUCCAUAUGGUCAGCCACCUUCAUCUCUGCGACUGUCGUUUUAACAAGUUGCCUUUUUUCCUGCUACAUAAGCGGUUAAAGACCAGUGCCGAAACACAUUUAUGAUGGAAAACUAUCAACAAAUAUAUAUUUUAUGAUGACCGUUAAAUAGGACGAGGGAUGAGGGUGUUCGGACCAGCAGAGCUGGUCGCAGGUCUGUGUCAUACAGACGAGCGGCAUCCUUUCCCCGUGUGGCAGAAUGGACACAUCAGCCCCUGUUUUAACCAACUCGUGCUCGGAGCCUUGCCUCAUGCAGGGAUGGCCAUUUUCAGUGCCUGCUACCUCAGCAUGGCGAGACGCGACCUCCUGCAGACGUCUCCUCCCUGUGGUUGGACUCUCCGCUGGAUGGCGGCUCUGCUGGCGGCGCUGCUCUUCACUGCAGAUGUCGUCCUGGUGAGUCUCCUCCAGCAGGCGGGCUUGUACCUGGACGUCCUGGCCGACGGCUGUGCCAUCCUGGCCUGGCUGGUCCACUUCAGUGCCCUCACGGUGCUGCAGAGCACGGCCUUCAGGAGAAGCAGAGGACCUCCGCUGCUGCUUCUGCUGGUUCUUCUGUCCGUCCCAAACCUGGUCAUCACCUUGAUGAUUUACUGUGACAAUCAGGAAUGUUUGAACCUCACAGAACCUCUUGAACUGGCACGUUUCGCGCUUGCCUCGGCCCGGACGCUCCCGCUUCUGGUUUAUCUCCUGGCAUUUGCGUUUCCCUGCAUCGGUGAUGCUGGAUACACUUUGUACAUCAACGCUGUGGAUGGAUCCCCACUCAUCCCAGAGAGCACGCAGCCGGACACAGGUGAGAUGGUGGCGGAGGACGGGAGCGGCUGCGUCUCUCGGCUCUUCUACCUGUGGUUGAAUCCUCUCCUCAGGCGAGGGCAGCGAGGGGAGCUGGACAGACCAGCUGAUGUUUAUCAUCUGCCUCGGAAACUUCGGACUACUGUGGUUUGUCGAUACUUCCACCAGUGCUGGGAAGCCUGCAGGCGAGGAGCAGCGGUCAGUAACGGGCAGGAUCCGUGGCCCCGGCCGGUCAGCAGGAACCUCCUGAGUGGCACCUGGAGCUCACACUACCAGGAGGAGCCACUGGAGCUGGAGGGGGAUGUGGGCCUGCUGAGGGUGCUGCACAAGGCGUUUGGGAUGCGUUUCUACAUCCUCGGUGUGCUGAAGGUGGUGGUCAACAUGCUGAGCUUCACAGGUCCCCUGCUGCUCAGCAGUCUGGUGAACUUCAUGGAGGACGAGGGAGCUCCAGUCAGCUGGGGCGCCUGGUGCGCUCUGGGGCUCUUUGCCACCACCCUUCUCACUUCCUUCCUCCGAAGCAUCUUCGUCUUCGAGAUCUCCAAGGUGGCGCUGUCGGCCCGCGCCGCUCUUGUGUCGGCCAUUUACGGCAAAGCCCUGCAGGUCAGCGGCAGCAGCUUGGUCGACACGACUCUGGGGAAGGUGGUGAACUUGAUGAGCACGGACACCAACCGCGUGGUCAACUUCUUCGACAGCUUCCAUGAGCUGUGGAGCUUGCCCUUCAGGUUUAUCAUCACCCUCUACCUGCUGUACCUGCAGGUGGGGGUGGCGUUCGUCGGAGGGCUGAGCGUGGCUCUGCUGCUGGUGCCGUUCAACAAGUUCCUCGCGUCCCGCAUCCUCAGCAACAACCAGCACAUGCUCAGGCACAAGGACAGCCGGGUGAAGUUAAUGACAGAGAUCGUCUUCGGCAUUCGCGUCAUCAAGUUCUACAACUGGGAGCCUCAUUUUACUCAGAAGGUCGUCGACUGUCGUAAACAGGAGCUGUCCCACCUCAGGGCCCUCAAGUACCUGGACGCCCUGUGUGUUUACACCUGGGCCGCUCUGCCCGUGGUCAUCUCCAUCCUCACCUUCGUCACGUACGUGCUGCUGGGACACCAGCUGACUGCAGCCAAGGUGUUCACCACGCUGGCUCUGGUGGGGAUGUUGAUCAUCCCCCUCAACUCGUUCCCCUGGGUGCUCAACAGCAUCCUGGAGGCCAAAGUGUCUCUGGCGCGAAUUCAACGCUUCUUCAAACUGAGCAACCAGGAUCUGCAGGCGUACUACGCCCUGGUGUGUCCUGAAAACAGUCAGACAUCAAUCCUGAUGAGCCAGGGGAAGUUCUCCUGGCACGACCCCGACGCUCCCAACCAGAACAAAGAGGGAGAAACUGAAGCUGCUGCUGAAGGGAGUCUGAUGCUGCACAGUCUGACUCUACACGUCACUAAGGGCUCUCUGGUCGCUGUGGUCGGGAAGGUCGGCUGUGGGAAGAGUUCCUUACUGGCUGCGCUGACUGGAGAACUCAACAGGCUGAGCGGAGUGGUUUAUGUUGCGGACAGAGAGGCCGGCUUCGGUCUGGCGUGUCAGGAGCCCUGGAUCCAGCAUGCAUCAGUACGGGACAACAUCCUGUUUGGCAAAGACUACGAUCCCGACUUCUACCAGGCCGUGAUCGAGGCCUGCGCUCUCACAGACGACCUCAACGUUUUGCCGAGCGGUGAUAAGACAGAAGUGGGAGAGAACGGCGUGACGCUGAGCGGAGGACAGAAGGCUCGACUGGCUCUCGCCAGAGCGGUUUACAUGGACAAAGACAUCUACCUCCUGGAUGAUCCGUUGGCAGCGGUCGACACCGACGUGGCUGAACACCUCAUGAAGAAAUGCAUCAUGGAGCUCCUCAGAGGGAAGACCAGAAUCCUUUGCACACACCGCGUGGAGUUUGUGGACAAAGCAGACAUGGUGGUCCUCAUGGACAACGGGACGAUUAUCAAAACAGGCACACCAGCAGAAAUCCUUCCUUUGAUCGAGGCGGUGCCGAAAAAGCGGAAGAACGACGACAACAUGAAAGAGAAAAAUGGUGUGGAGCAGGAGGAAGAGCAGCCGGGUUCUUCGCCUGAUCUGCGUCUGGACCAUGACCCCGACCUGUCGGGGGUGGAGCAGAAGCAGGUGGGCGGGCUGGCGUGGAGAGUUUACCAGACCUACUGGGUCGCUGUGGGCGGAGCGCUGGCCGCCUCCAUCCUGAUGUCGCUGCUCCUCAUGCAAGCCUCGAAGAACGUUUCUGACUGGUGGCUGUCUCACUGGAUCUCGGAGCUGAGAGAAAACGGUUCCACCGGAACAAAUAGUUCCUCCUCAGGCGCCUUCGGCUCAGCUCACCUGCUUCUCUUCUCACCUGGAGGCUUAAUGUCUCCUCUGUCCUCAGUGCAAACCUUCACUUCAGGCAACAUGAGCUCUGAUGUCAAGUUUUACCUGACGGUGUACAGCUCCAUCGCCGCGGCCAACACCGUCUUCACCGCCCUCCGAGCCUUCCUCUUUGCCUACGGAGCCAUCUGCGCCGCCACAGCCAUCCACACCAGACUUCUGGACCGCGUCCUGAAGGCCACGGUGUCCUUUUUCGACACCACCCCGAUGGGUCGCAUCCUCAACCGUUUUUCUUCGGACCUGUACACCGUGGACGACAGCCUGCCGUUCAUCCUGAACAUCCUGCUGGCCAACGUAUUCGGUCUGCUGGGGAUGCUGGUGGUUAUAAGCUACGGCCUCCCUUGGGUCCUGGUGCUCCUGCUGCCCCUGACUCUGGUCUACUACCGCACGCAGCACUUCUACAGACACACCUCCCGGGAGCUGAAGCGUAUGUGCAGCGUCACUCUGUCGCCCGUCUACUCGCAUUUCUCUGAGACGCUGACCGGGCUGGGAACCAUCCGGGCCAGUGGCAGCUCUGCCAGGUUUGAGGAGGAGAUCGCCCGGCGUCUGGAGCAGAACCAGCGCUGCUUGUUCCUUAGCAACGCUGCCAUGCAGUGGCUGAGCAUCCGGCUGCAGCUGAUUGGCGUUGCUGUGGUAACCGGCCUCGGUGCGAUCGCCGUCGUCCAGCACCAGUUUCACUCUGUGGAUCCGGGUCUGGUCGGUCUGUCGCUGUCCUACGCUCUGUCCAUCACCAACCUGCUGUGUGGCCUCAUCGACGGCUUCACUCAGACGGAGAUGCAGCUGGUGAGUGUGGAGAGGACGGAGGAGUACUCCACCGGGCUUCCCACCGAGCCACAGCACCAGAACACGCAGCUGCCUCCGGCGUGGCCCGAGCACGGCUGCUUGGACUUCCGCGGCGUGGUUUUGAAUUACAGGGACGGUCUUCCUAACGCCCUGGACGGGGUGAGCCUGGUGGUGCGACCUGGGGAGAAGGUGGGCAUCGUGGGACGCACGGGCUCCGGAAAGUCCACGCUGUUCCUGGCCCUGUUCCGCAUGGUGGAGCUGAACCAGGGUCAGAUCCUCCUGGACGGGCUGGACAUCAGCGCUGUGGGCCUGGCCCAGCUCAGGUCCAGGUUGGCCAUAAUUCCUCAGGACCCUUUUCUGUUCAGCGGGACCAUCGGGGAGAAUCUGGACCCGUGUGGGCGACACUCAGACCGGCAGCUGCUGGACGUGGUGGAGCAGUGCCACCUCAGCUCCGUGGUCGGCAGGAUGGGGGGUCUGCAGGCUGAAGUCGGAGAGCGGGGGAAAUCCUUCUCUGUGGGGCAGAGACAGCUGCUGUGUCUGGCCAGAGCUCUGCUGACCGAGGCCAAGGUUCUGUGUAUUGAUGAAGCCACAGCUUCCGUGGAUCAGAAGACGGACAAACUGCUGCAACAGACCAUCAGAGAGAAGUUCCAGGACAAGACGGUCCUCACUAUCGCACACAGGAUCAACACCAUCAUGGACUGCGACAGGGUGCUGGUGAUGCAUUCUGGGAAGGUGGUGGAGUUCGACACCCCGGCUGCUCUCUGCCAAACUGACCACUCCAUCUUCCACAGGCUGGUCGGUUGGAGAGGACCGUGAGAUGACGAAACAGACACUGGAAGGAGGGGGAAAUAUGUAUUUCUAUAUUUCUAUCCUGGGAACUCGCUGCCUUUUCUCUGCGCCGUCCUUCACGCACAAUCUUUACAGAACGCGUUAAUGCAAAACCUUCCUGCUGUUGACGCAGAGGAGUGGGAAGUUUUAUCUUUUUAUUUCCUUCUGACAUUUAGUUUCUUUUAAUUGAUUAUUUUACUGCUGAAACAUCAUUAAUUGAAAUGUUCCUGAAUUCCUACAUUUUGUUUUUGACAAAGGAAAAACUAAACUUUCUUUGAAUUACUUUUUUACUUGAUUUUUAUUUAUUUAUAGUUUUUCAAUGUAGCACAAGAUCAAUCGAACAGCGUUGCAUCAUCAGGGCUGUUUCAAACAGACCUUUACAGAUGUUAGACAAGAUAAAGGUUUAGUUAAGGAAAGACAUUGGACAAUGGGAGAACAAAAAAAGAAACAUACUAUGUGUAUAUAAUAAUAAUAAUAAUAAUAAUAAUAAUAAUAAUAAUAAUAAUAAUAAUAAUAAUAAUAUGAUAAUAAUAAAACCCAAAUGAUAAGUCAGGCCUAAUGGAGCUGGUACAGCCCAACAGGAGAUCGUCUAGGCCCGAAUUCUUUGGGAGCAGUUUUACUUUGUCGACAUAACAUAAAAAAAGCUUAAAUUAUAGAACAGUUGAGCGUCUAAUGGUAUAUGCUAUCUUUUCUAUAUGGGGACAUUUUUAGCUAUGCAUCAAUACAUUUGCACUGCAAUUUGUCCAGUUUGUCCUGCUGAGAUUUGUUUAAAUGCAUUACAAGUGUCUGUCAGCAGGCCUCGCAUCCGCCGCAGGCCUCGCAUCCGCCGCAGGCCUCGCAUUCGCCGCAGGCCUCGCAUCCGCCGCAGGCCUCGCAUCCACCGCAGGCUCCGAUGAACCAGCUGCGUUGACUGUUGGGGGUCAGCAUUUGCACUCGUAUUUGUAUAUUUUGGAAAUAAUUCUAAUUGAGGUUAGCUGCUUUUAAAUUGUGACCCUUAUUUAGACAAUUAAUUAAUUUUGUAGAAAUUAUUUCAGUUGAGUAAGAAUUAUCUACGACCCGGAGCUUCUGUUGUAUAAAGAAACAUCCGUGUAAAGUUUUUGUAGAUGUCAGGGAUUCCUGUAUAUGAAUGACUUAUCUUGAGUUUUUCUUUGUAAAACGAGGUUUAAAUGAAGGUCUAUCUUUGAUAAAGUGUUUUAAUUUACACUUUUGCAUCCAUCCAGUGGCAGCAGCGCGGAUUUAGGGCAAAGAUACCUGCUCUGUUUGAGCUACCUCAGCUCCGAGGCAAGGCACUAAACAUUGAGCUGUUAUAACUAAAAGCAAUAUUCUGAGGACAUUCGGUGUUAAUCACAACACAGAGGAUGUUUAGGGUAGCGUACUACUACAAUAAAACUCAGAUCAGCUUCAUCUGGAUUGAAGUUAGCCUGUAUUUCAUAGAGAUUAUGAGAAACGGUGUGUUUUGGUGUUCCUCAGGGAAGCUGUUUUGGUCCUCUGCCUUUUUUUGUUAUAUGCGCGUUUCUUUGAUCUUCAGAGAAUAAAAUGGACAUUGCUGCUACUGUAUGCUGACGAUGAACAAUUCUACAUUUCUGUUGAGACAUUUACCUGUAGGCCGUCAAUAAAUGGAUUAGUUACGGUUUCUUACAAUUACAUUUUUUAGGAAAAAUGCAUUUAUUUGCAUUACUGUUACAGAAAUAAUUACAUGGCUGCAAAGCUGAGAGAAAUUAUCAAUAUUGUCAUAAAGUUAUUAUAACAAUCUCUUUUAUCUUACAAAUCUCACAUAAACAAGGCGACCAAAUAAGCAUCUUUUCACGUUAGAUAUUUUGCCAACGUGCAGCCGUUCCCUUCCUAAAAGAUGCUGAUUAUUCACGUAAUAGUAAUUAUAUCAUUAUGAAGUCAUCACUUAAAUUAUAUGUUUUUUGAUGAACUCACAGCUGCUAGUUUAUUAGACGUUCACAAUUAAACCCAAAGUGAGAAAACCGUGAAUGGAGCUUUUAUCAACGAUGCUCCUAAAUGUCCUUAACUUUGGAACGUUUUUCCGAAACAAACUGACAACUUAUAACUUACAUACUUAUUAUCUGUUGUUUCCCUUUUUAAUUGUAAUGUUUUGUUUUUAUGCUUUCACAGUUGACAAAAACAAAAAGAACAGCUGCUGAGGUUUCGGAUACAAGUCUCAAGGUUUUUGUUAUUUAGAAAAACUUGAGAUCGUUUUUAUAACCGGAGAGAAUGUCUUCAUAAUGAAUUAGUUGUGUUCAGUGUGUCGUGUGUUUAUACGUUCUGUGUAUCCGUUACAAACACUGUGACUUCAUUUACUUCCCCCCGACUGUUUUAUACUGAAUACAUAUGUUUUAGGGACAUACAGUUUGUUACCUAGCGCUGCAACUGAUGAUUGUUUUCACCAAUUAAGUGUUCGGUCUGUAAAACUUAAGGAAACAAGCCUGUGUCACAAAAUCCUUCAGUACAACGCUGAAGAACCAAACGAAAGAAGCAAAUUCUCUUGUUUUGAGAACCUGUAAACAUCAAAUAUUUGGCUUUUUUCUUGAAAAAUGUCUCCUAACAAUGAUCAAAAUAGCUGCCUAUGAAUGUUAUUUAAAUCCACUAAUUGCUGCGGAUUCAGAUUUUAAUACUGACCAUCAAAUUGAUAUAUUGCAUAUUCCGCUGGUUUACUACGUGCAUUGUUAUACUGAACCGUUUAGAGCCGCUGUAAACAUUAAACCUUCCAUAUGUGCAAUGUGAUGAUAUUUAAUCACCUAUAAAUCAUUUGAGAAAGUUUGUACCUUUUAGUUUUUUCUUUGAUUUGGUUUUGUCAACAAAGUUGGUUUAUAAUUAAAGUACUCGUAAUAAAUCAGAUUCUUGUGUAAUUGUUGUCA